UGUUACUCCGUCCUUUUCUCCUCCCCACCCCUCUCUACCGGCCAGGCUUCUCUCUAUGCAUACAAAUAUACCUAUAUAUAUAUAUAUAUACAGACAGACAGACAUAUACAUUUUUCUCAAUUAUACAUCCAUCUUCUAAAUUGUUAAUCUUUCCCGGCUCAUUAUAAUCCUCCUAACCUCCCACUCUCUUAUAUAGAUUGCUAAAUUGAGAGCUAACCUCUUGAGGUAAAUUAUCUCAAGUAAAGCAUCAACAUCUGCUCGAACAAUGCGUCACUUCGAUGCCUGGCUACUACGAGAUCCCUACUCCAUCUUUCACUACUACUCCACCGGACGAAGAUGGCAAGAGACGGUUCGUGAUCUGAUCCAGGAACGCAAGAUCUGUGCCCCCUCCGUUGAUCUUUCCUCCAAUGCCUCCUCCAAACCAGUCGACCCGUAUGCCCGACCCAUGGCAUCCCAAUCCAACAGCUUAUUGUUCCGCAAGCUGCCCGCUGAGAUCCGUCUUAUGAUCUACAAUUAUGCCUUCGGCGACGAGGCCGUCCAUUUAGUUCAGUUGAAGGACAAGAUCCGCCAUGUCCGGUGUAAAAAUCUUUCUUCGUCUCUCGACCGCAACCGCAGCUGCUGCCCCGUUACUCCCGCCCGCUGGCGGGCCCAGGAGAACCGCAUGCCAGGCCACUCUGACAGCAUGCUGUACCCACACACCCACACUUCCCUCCCCGAGUUCCUGAGCAACUCGUCCGUGGCAUUGCUGCGCACCUGCCGCGCCAUCUAUGCUGAAGCGGCCGACAUCCUCUAUUCUCACGCCGUCUUCGACGUAGACGACCUUCACACCUUCAUCGCCUUCUCUCUGACUGUCUGUCCAGAUCGUCUCCGCGCGAUCAAACGUCUCACUGUCCAAUGGAUGCCCAUCUGGCAGCCGAUGGCCGGACAAGAGCACAAAUCCUCCAUCUAUUCCCACACCCACAACGAUCGCCUCUGGGCUCUGUUCUGGACCCGGAUCGCCGCCCUCCGCGGCCUCGAGCAGCUGCAUCUCAGUCUGGAUCUCGGCCGCUUCAGCGGGAACGCUAAUGGUGGAAUUCUGGGCAGCAAACGCUUUCGUCUGGCGGUCGAUGAGUCCUGGGUUUCCCCGAUGUUAUGUGUGCGGGGUCUCAAAUCGUUCGAAUUGGGUAUCACCGCCCGUUGUGAUGCUUACGCCAAGAGAGUGAUGGAACAGGACCUGUGUCGGGAUGCUGUGGCUUUGCGUGACGCUCUGCGUGAGAUCAUGUGUUCGCCGCAUGGUCAGAUACCCAUUAUUCCAACUCUCCAGACGAGGAUGGCCUGUGGCUUGGAGGAGGAAGUGCAUGACGUCCUGGAGAGGAAAACGCGGCCGCGACUUGCUAUCACAGCAGCUUGAUCGAUGUAUUUCCCCCCUAUGUUGACCGCUACAAAAAUAUUGCAGAGUAUAAAAAGACCUGCAAAAGGCGAAAGGGGAGGGGGAAGAAAAUGCAAAACAAGGGAGCCAUUGCAAUUUGGAAAGAGAUACCCCAUUUUAUCCUUUUACUUGUCUUUUAUCUUUUUCUUUUUACUUCUUCUCGAACCUCUCUAUACUUCCUGGUUGUCCAUGUGUCCUGGCAUUUUGAUACCUGGAAGAGACUUUUUUAUUUUCAUUU